AUGAUCAAGCUGGCUACCGUUACGAUUCAAAGCUUCCUGUCUUACCUCCUUUACCACGACGUCUGCCCAGAAUUCAAUGAGAAUAUCAAUGAGGCCCGGAAGUCCUGCGACAUCGUCACCAAGGAGCUUUGGAAAAACCAGCAGAUUACGGCCAACGGACCGGGAAACUUCAAUACUUCCUGUUCUAUACUCAUUGGUGGUUUCGAACACGACUUUGAGCCGGAAUACGAUUUGUCACCAGAAGAGCGCGAAGAAUGGAUGAAGAAGAGACGACAGAUGCCAGAGCUGAUGCUCUUCUUGGAGGAAGGCCUCUUGGAGCAUUGUUACCCCGGCAUGAAGAUCAUUACUACGAUCUGGGAAAUGAACUGCGGACUUCACUACUUCGAGGAGAUCAAGCGGGCUUACAGCUCUAUCUAUACGCCGCUUUGCAAUGAUCUCAUGCUUGGUUGGAAGAGACCACGCGACCUCACCGCAAACAACGAAGAUAAAGAGAUUACUGUGGAGGAUGGAUCGGCGCAACCUGACCUGGAAUGA